AAACUCUACCCAAAUUUAAAUAUCUAAAGUUGAUUGCUUCUGAAAACAAAGUGACUGAUGGCGUUUGAGAGCGUUUCCCUCUGGUUCGUUCCUCCGCUGCUUCUUCUUCUGCUUCUGCUUCUGCGGGCCCAAAGGAAAUCAAGCUCUUCGCAUGGUGACCUGCCUCUGUCGCCGCCGGGUCUUCCCCUCGUCGGUAACCUUCACCAGGUCGGACCUUUCAUCCACAAAUCUUUUACCUCCCUCUCCCGCCGUUACGGCCCUCUCAUCCUCCUCCGCCUCGGCCGCGUCCCGACGCUCGUCGUCUCUUCCCCCGACGCUGCCCGAGACGUCCUCCGCACCCACGAUCACAUCUGCGCCAGCCGCCCCGCCACAACCGUCACCCGCAUCCUCCUCGAUGGAUCCAGCGACGUGGCCUUCGCCCCCUACGGCUACGAGUGGAGGCAACGCCGCCGGAUCUGCACGCUCCACUUGCUGAGCCCUAAGAUGGUGCAGUCCUACGCUCUGGUGCGCGAGCAGGAGGUGGCCGCCAUGAUCGCCGUCAUCUGCUCCCGGGGAUCGGCGGCGGAGAUCGACUUGUCCGCAGUCCUGUUUGCCUUCUCCAACGACAUCAUGUGUCGGGUCGUCGCGGGGAACAAGUUCGAAGGGAGGAAAGGGUUGUUCUCGGAGCUCAUCUCAGAGAACUCGGUACUGCUGACUAAGAUUUAUCUCGGGGACUACCUCCCGUGGCUCGGUUGGGUGGAUUGGCUGCUCGGGAACGUGGGGAGAGUGAAGAAGAAUCAGAAGCGAUGGGACGAUCUGCUGGAUCAGGUUAUCAAGGAACAUGCAGAGCGAGUGUCGUCGGAUGAUGAGAAAGAUUUCGUGGAUGUUUUGAUCUCCCUUCAGAAGGAUUCCGUGUUGGAAUCCAUCCUCACUCCGGAAGUCAUCAAGGCGCUUCUUCAGGACAUGUUCGCCGCCGGAACAGAGACGUCGUACAUAACUCUGGAAUGGGCCAUGGCGGAGCUGGUUCGCAACCCGAGCAAGAUGCAAAAACUGCAAGACCAAGUGAGAAGCGUAGCCGGCGGCGGAGGCAAAAUGGUGAAAGAGGAAGAGAUUUGCCAGAUGCCCUACUUGAAGGCCGUCAUCAAGGAGACCUUCCGGCUGCAUCCCCCCGUUCCAUUACUUCUACCGCGAGAACUGCUGGAGGAUUGCCCGGUUCAAGGCUACAACAUCCCGAAGAAGACAAGACUGUUUGUGAACGCAUGGGCGAUAGGCAGAGAUCCAAAGUGCUGGGAAGCACCCCUAGAGUUCUGGCCGGAGAGGUUCAUGGACGGCGCAAUUGACUUCACCGGGGUUGACCUCCGGUUCAUUCCGUUUGGAGCGGGCCGAAGGAUUUGCCCUGGAUUGAACUUCGCCGUGGCAUCUCUGGAGCUUGCUCUGGCAAACUUGGUGCAUCGGUUCGAUUGGGAGCUGCCUGCCGGAUUGAGCAGGGAGGAGUUCGGCAUGGAGGAGGUGGCGGGCUUAGUGGUUGGGCGAGAAGGGCGACUUCAUGUCGUUGCCAAACCGUGGAAUGGAUAAACUUAACUCUGCGUAUGCUACGUUAACAAUAAACUGCUGAAGCCUGAUGGUUUGAUUCACUUCAGCUUAAUAAUAAUAUGUGAAUCUCAAAUAUGAGUGUUACCUUAAAAUUUGGAUGCUCAUUACUCAGUGCUCCUUGCUUCUCCGUGUCCAAUGAAUAAGUUCCUGCCUGAUCUGUUUGAGAUCAGGGGAUUGGAUGACUUCUCGA